AGGCUGAGGAGAGAGAGAGGAGCUAGAGCCGAGCAGUCGCUGCCGCCGCUGCCGCCGCCACCGCCGCCACCGCCGCGGGAGGUGGUGGAGGCCCUGCCCUAGUGGAGCGGCCUUCCCUUCCAGUCCGACGGCCACUGCCCUGCCCUUCCUCCGCCUCCUCCCGUCCCCGGAACUCCUGGGCCUGCCCUGGGCCCCCUAUCUCUGCGCUCCACACGCCGCAGCGCCCGGCCCCGGCCGCACCCGCCGGCCUCAUGAGGAGGGACGUGAACGGAGUGACCAAAAGCAGGUUUGAGAUGUUCUCAAACAGUGAUGAAGCUGUAAUCAAUAAAAAACUUCCCAAAGAACUCCUGUUACGAGACUACAAAAUGAUGUCAUCCGAUUCCAAGACUAUCAAAAGUGACCAUCUCUCAAUUUUAAGAAUAUUCUCUUUUCUGGAUGUCGUUACCCUGUGUCGCUGUGCUCAGGUCUCCAGGGCCUGGAAUGUUCUGGCUCUGGAUGGCAGUAACUGGCAGCGAAUUGACCUGUUUGAUUUCCAGAGGGAUAUUGAGGGCCGGGUAGUGGAGAAUAUUUCAAAAAGAUGCGGGGGCUUUUUACGAAAGUUGAGUCUUCGUGGCUGUCUUGGAGUAGGAGACAAUGCAUUAAGGACCUUUGCACAGAACUGUAGGAACAUUGAAGUGCUGAAUCUUAAUGGGUGUACAAAGACCACAGACGCUACAUGUACUAGCCUUAGCAAGUUCUGUUCCAAACUCAGACACCUUGACUUGGCUUCCUGUACAUCAAUAACAAACAUGUCUCUAAAAGCUCUAAGUGAGGGAUGUCCACUGUUGGAGCAACUGAACAUUUCCUGGUGUGAUCAAGUAACCAAGGAUGGCAUACAAGCACUAGUGAAAGGCUGUGGGAGUCUCAAGGCCUUAUUCUUGAAAGGCUGCACACAGCUAGAAGAUGAAGCUCUCAAGUACAUAGGUGCACACUGCCCUGAACUGGUGACUUUGAACUUGCAGACUUGCUUACAAAUCACAGAUGAAGGUCUCAUUACUAUAUGCAGAGGGUGCCAUAAAUUACAGUCCCUCUGUGCCUCCGGCUGCUCCAACAUCACAGAUGCCAUCCUGAAUGCUCUAGGUCAGAACUGCCCACGGCUUAGAAUAUUAGAAGUGGCAAGGUGUUCUCAAUUAACAGAUGUGGGCUUUACCACUCUAGCCAGGAAUUGCCAUGAACUUGAAAAGAUGGACCUGGAAGAGUGUGUCCAGAUAACAGAUAGCACGUUAAUCCAACUUUCUAUACACUGUCCUCGUCUUCAAGUGUUGAGUCUGUCUCACUGUGAGCUGAUCACAGACGAUGGAAUUCGUCACCUGGGAAAUGGGGCCUGCGCCCAUGACCAGCUGGAAGUGAUUGAGCUGGACAACUGCCCACUAAUCACAGAUGCAUCCCUGGAGCACUUGAAGAGUUGUCACAGCCUCGAGCGGAUAGAACUUUAUGACUGCCAGCAAAUCACACGGGCUGGAAUCAAGAGACUCAGGACCCAUUUACCCAAUAUUAAAGUCCACGCCUACUUCGCACCUGUCACUCCACCCCCAUCAGUAGGGGGCAGCAGACAGCGCUUCUGCAGAUGCUGCAUCAUCCUAUGACAAUGGAGGUGGUCAACCUUGGUGAACUGAGUAUUUAAUGACACUUCUAGAGUUACUGUGGAGUCUCUCCAGUGGAAGCGACCCCAGCGUUCUGGGCAAAGGGUUACAAAGUGAGGGCAAUGUCCAGAUCCCCAGAACCACACAUACGUACACAUACAUACCCUCACCCCCUUCCACUCUAGCUCUGUGACCAUGGGACUGAAGUCCGUGCUGGUUUAUUUAUCAAGUGGAUUGGUAAAACUUGACCAUUCCUGUUGGACGUACCCAGAAGAAAAUCAUAGGCCAAGGUAGAGGGAAGGGGGCAUUCCAGCAAACCCAGUGUUACUGCUACUGCAUUUUCUUUAUUUUGUUGAGGGAUUUCUGGGAUUUUGGAACAACAGCUGCAGUCCUCCAGGGUCAAGGAAAGCAUGGAAAAACAAGAUAUGAUGUAUCCAGGGACCAGAGAGAAAUUUCUUUGCAUCCUAGAAAUGGCAGCCAUCCACUGUAAAAUGACCGCAGAGCUUUUGUGCUUCGUUGUUCCCAUGCCAACAUGCUAAGCAUGCUCACAAAGAAGGCCCAUCCAUUCCUCCUGUGUUUUAAUAUUUGGCCCAGAGGUUUCUUAAAUGGUUGCAUUGAAAUCACUGUGGUCCAAAUGUGAUUACUUAUUCACUCAAAUUGUCACUCUCCAGCACACUUGUGUACCUGUCUUCCAUUCUCUGUUGCUCCCUCCUGCACUGUUGCUCAGUCUGCACCUAUUCAGUCUGCUUACUCACAUUCAAUUG